UCUGAUCCCCCUGCCCGCCCCUCUGGCCCAGGCCCGAUAGCCAUGGCGGUGGAAGGAGGAAUGAAAUGUGUCAAGUUCCUGCUCUACGUUCUCCUGUUGGCCUUCUGCGCCUGUGCGGUGGGAUUGAUCGCGGUGGGCGUCGGGACCCACCUCAUCCUGAACCAGACCAUCACCCACGGGGCCACCCCUGGUUUCCUGCUGCCCGUGGUCAUUAUCGCAGUGGGUGCCUUCCUCUUCCUGGUGGCCUUUGUGGGCUGCUGUGGAGCCUGCAAGGAGAACUACUGUCUUAUGAUCACGUUUGCCAUCUUCUUGUCCCUUAUCAUGCUAGUGGAAGUGGCUGCAGCCAUUGCUGGCUAUGUGUUUAGAGACAAGGUGAGAUCAGAAUUUAAUAAGGACUUCCGGCAGCAGAUGCAGAAUUAUCCAAAAGACAACCAGACGGCAUCGAUCCUGGACGAGAUGCAGAAAGAAUUUAAGUGCUGCGGGGCUGCUAACUACACAGACUGGGAGAAGAUCCCAACCAUGACCAAUCGAGUCCCGGACUCCUGCUGUGUCAAUGUCACCAAUAACUGUGGGGUUAAUUUCAUCGUGAGGGACAUCCAUGUUGAGGGCUGUGUGGAGAAGAUUGCGGCCUGGCUGAGGAAGAAUGUGCUGGUGGUGGCUGCAGCGGCCCUGGGCAUUGCCUUUGUGGAGAUCCUGGGCAUUGUCUUAGCAUGUUGCCUUGUGAAGAGCAUCCGGAGCGGCUAUGAGGUGAUGUAGGGGGUCUGUCUCCUCAGCCCCCUCAUCCGGGGGAGUGGGGCAAUAUACGCCAGGUUUUUCAAUUAAACGGAUUAUUUUUUCAGACCCCAAA